UUGCGCUCGUUGCGCCUGUCUUACUUCUAUCCUGUACACCUUUUCUUUGGGGGUUCACCGACGUAUAGUCCGCAGUAUUCUGCCGUCCGGCGUGUGAGAAAGACCGUCUCAAUUAUCGCAUUUCGCUUCAGAUAUGAAGAUCAACUUUCUGUUUAUAUCGCUGUGACGAGAGAAGUCAUUAGAUGAGAUUGAUUAGUUAAGAUAGAUUAAUGAGACCUUGCGGAUUUUAUCGAGGAGGAUUUAAUAAGGAGGUAGUGAGCAAAUAAUCGAGAUUCGCGAGACAACUGCGUAAGUGGAGAAGAUAUUGGUCAUCGUUCCAUCAUGAUUUCCAGGUGGCUGAUAGGAUCCUUGAUACUGCUGGCACUGCGUCUAGUGAAUGGAGGGCCAGUGGACAAGAAGGAGGUCAUCCCCGAAAACUCGAACGUAUUCCUCGAGUCGAAAAUAAAUGAAUACAAGGAAGAGGUGCACAGUAGGCAGAGACGUUUACUCGAACCACCGAAGCCAGUAGUAGUCAAGGACACUAAUACGACCGAGGGUGCAGUGAAUGGAUCGACGACCACACCAGCAACUGUCUCGGAAGCCAAAGAUAUGGAGGAAACCUCUGUUAAACCCAAGGAUAAUGCUGAUAAUGAUAAUGAUGAUGCCACUGUAAAACCCGUCGAUAAAUCCCCAGUUAGUACUCCUGAGAACAGUACAACAGUACCUGAUGCCAGGGUCAAUUCGACAAAACCUGAAGGGGUGAACAACAAAACUGCAGAGACCACAACGACAACUACGUCAUCUGUCACUCUGAUAUCUACGACAACGGCUGCACCUGAGACAAACGCCACAGCAAAUUGUCCUGGUGUGGAUGCAACUUUGGGAAUUACCGAAUCGGAUGCGAGGUGUCCACCAGUGAGUUUAUCAUCUACUCCAACUGAGAGCAUCGAUGAUGCCGAUCCUACGGUGAAGGAGAUGUUACUCUCUACUUACAAUACCAGUGGUGUCGAGAAUACAACAAUGAUAGUCAAGGUAGUGCCUUCGAUAAACUUGUCAUCGUCUACGAGUGAAUCCCCUCGAGAAAUGAUGGAAAGUCGAGAGGAACUCGUGGAGAAGAGCCAGGAGAUAAAAACAGAAAUAAAGAUAGAAAAAGCCGGACUCCCUGGAGGAGUGGUAGCCCUACUGAUUGCCAUAUCCUUCGCCGCACUGGCUGUCUUUGCAUACGUUGGAUUGACCCUCAGGAAGCGAUACCUAGAGUACCGAUACGGAAAUCGAGAGCUUCUCGUCAAUGAUUUCGAUACAAAUGACACCAAUAACUUUGAGUUGUGAAGUAUUAUCUCUAAUUUAAUUCCUGACUGUAAAUAAACGUCCUGAAGUUGAUCUGUGAUAAGAUGGACACAGGGUUUUGAUAUCAUUAUUUUUCCUGUAAGAGAUGAGACGUGUUGGAGAAAAUCAAGACUAGGUUUUUAUUUUUUUAUUUUUCUGCAACAAUGAGAAUUGUUAAACGCCGAUUUACCGAACGAAUAAAUGAUUUCGUUGUUGAGUAAAUUGAUUCAGUAAUUCCACUAACGGAGUCCAUCCAAUAGUGAAUAGUGUCCAUGUAAAUACCGAAUAAUAAAAGAACCAUGUGUAUAUGAUUUUACAAUGGUAACAUUGAA